GUGAGCCACCUUGCCCGGCCAACUAUUAGCUUUUUAAAUAAGGGUUCUGUGUCCAUGUGUCAGUUUCUAGGGUGAUGUGGCAGGGACACAAGUCCCACUUAUUCUGGGAUGAAGGCUGUCUCAAUAACAGAGCUUGGGUGUCAGCUUUUACGAAAGGACAUAGCAAAGGACAAGGACAGGGCUUAUCCCUAGAGCCUGCUCUAGGGAAGGAAAAGAGGCCCUAGGGAAUGAGCUGGGUCUGGGAAGUGGUCUGAAGUCUUCCAGCCUUGAGAAAAUGUUUGUAAAUAGUACCACAGUUAGGUGAUAGGGUUAAGAGCCAUAACACAGGAUGCUUGUAAAUGGUUUUAAACAUUGAAGAGCAAAGAACACUUAACUUGCCGAGGAGCUUGAAGAAGGUGAGGCUUGCACUCUAGACCAGAACUGAAAGUGAGGGACUGUUCCCGGUAGGUGGGAGAGAAGGUAGGAGGCAUUCCCUUCAUGGGCAGACCAUAGGAGCAGUGGAGUCUGGAGGGAGGAGGAGGGAAGAGAAAAAGAGUGGGUAGGCCUGGAGAGACAGGGUGAGAUGGGCUGGCCAGGUUGAGACAGUUUAUCCUUUACUCUAGCAAUCCAGUCCAUCAGGGACCCUGAUCUCUCAUGGUGGGAGGGGCGGUGGCCACAUUGGAAGACUUUCUUUCUGCCCCAGGGGUGAGGUGAUGUGAGAAGGAAGAAUUGAAAGGAUGCAGUUUGAGCUAAUAGCUUUUAUUUGCCAGAACUAUGCAGGUCCCUUAUUCAACAAACAUUUGCUAAGCACCUGCUUUAUUCCAGGCAGAGUUUAAGCUACUCCUGAUUGUACUGUCUUUCUUCAGUGUCUUUUGUAUGAAAAUGUGUCCCCGGUUGGACUUGUGCUGAACUGUAUUUGGGUACCCUGUGUUUAAUCCAGCUUAGCUCUGCACUCUCAAAUUGCAAAUAAAAGGUGCUUAAUAAAUGAGUAUGGGAAAUAAAAAUAAUAGAAAAACAAAACCCAAACAAACAAAAAAAUGAGUAUGGGAUUGAGUGACAGUGACAGGAUUCACACCCCCAAACUAUUACUAUAAAGGGGGGGGAGUUACUUGUUUAUAAUGGGGUAGUCUGUGUGCACCACAGUCUCGGCUUCCCCAGUGAUGGGUCGGACUGGCGCCAGGUCCUUCUGGUGCGGUGCGGUACGGUGCAGUGCACACUGUCACCUGGGUAGUGUUCUUGCCAAAAAGAUUUAACUCAGAUCUAAUCAUAAGGAAAUGAUCAGGCCUCCAAAAUUUGUAGGGACAGCUCAUUGGUCUGUAUUAUUUAAAAACAUCAAUGCCAUGAAAGAGAAAAGAAUUCCUUUAGAUGAAAGGAGAUUAAAGAGACAUGACAACUUCACUGAGCAGCAUAAGACCCUUAAUUAAUCAAGUCCUCCCCCAACCCUGCCUGCCACCAGAAAAGAAACAGAUCAGUUGGGGAGUUUGGAAUGUGGACUGGACAUUAGAUAAGACAGUAUGUCAACUUCACCUUUGUUGGGUGUGAAAAUGGUAUUGUGGUCCUGAAGGAGAGUGUCCCUGUUCUUAAGUAUUUAUAGGUAAAGUAAGAUUUCUUCCACUUAUUAAUACUUUCAAAAAUUAUAGCAAGAAAAUGUGUAUGCCUGUAGCUAAAACAAACUGACAAGAAUGCUUAUGAUAGGUGAGUCAGGGUAAAGAGAAUGGGAUGUUUUUGUUCUCAUUCAACUUUUUGGGUAGCUUUAAAAUGUUUUGAAAUUAGAAGUUGGAAAAAAUAAAAUGAUUUCCUUGGGCACCUAGCUCUUUCAGCAGUAAGGUUUCCUGACGCUGACUCUGAGUUACUCGCUUUACCCCUCUGCAGGGUUGUCAGGCUCUCGAAUGGCGUGCCUGUGCCCAAGUCCCUAAUGCCGCUUCUACUGUGUCAGGACUGGGACAUCUUUGAGCUUUGCGUCUUACUUUAAUUCUUGGAAAAUUCAUUCUGUGACUUCUGAAACCGGCAUAUUUAGCAAUAAUAAGGAAUAUAGUGAGUUAAUGAAUCUCCCUGUGAUACACGAAUGGCUGACUGAGACAUCUGACUUGGGGAGUGUGUCCCAUUCCAGCUUCCUGUCCACUGCAGCUCUGUGGGGGGCUUGGAGCUGAUAAUGAGAUUUCACAUUUAGAAUCGGGGGGCCUAUACAUAACCUUCCUUCAGCACUCUGUAUGCCAGUGAGAAAUUUGAACUGGUUUCCAGACCACCAUCUUAUUCCCUGGGGUCCGUGCUGGAACCUACUGCGGAGAGCAAGGUCACCUAUUUGGUGGUAGCACACACGAUGGUAUUGCUGAGAAACGAGUGGUUUUUGAGUUGGAGCCAGCAGCAUAUGUCACAUAGGAUGCUUCCAGGCAGCUGAGCCCAGGUAGAGGCCGACAAGGGCACUAAGUUGGGUUUUGAAAGUGCAGAUGAGUAUGCAUUGGUAGAGAGGGCUUCUGAACACACUCAAGGGAGAGAAAAAGGUGCAUGGAAGGAAGCCUGUAAGUCGAGAGUGUGUGUGGGGAGGAGGCAGCACCGUGCCGAGUAUCUUGUUUAAUCAUUGACAUCAUCUGAGCCUGUGUGUGGGUUCACGUUGCCAUUUUCACACAUGUGGAAACAGUCAUGGAAAGGCAGCUGCCCCAAGAUCACGUAGCCGGCUCCUGGUGGAGCAGACUGGAGCUGCCCACUGACCCAUGCUCUUGGGCACUGUGUCUGCUGACCCCUUCCAGUGGUUGGUGCUGACAGUAUUUGUGGAGAGGGCCUCUCAUGAGUAGCAAGGACAACAGUUAGACGUUUCCUUUAUUCAGCCAUCUUAUCCUUCGAAUGGGAAUUGCACCAACAGAUGGAAUCCAACAAACAGUACAAUAAAUAAAUUGCCUGUUCUGGGCUGGGACCUUUCUAUAAAUUCAUUGAUUCUCAUAGAAAUCCCUCACUGAAGUUGAAUAGAGGCUCAAGAGAGAGGAAGAGACUGCUAAGAUCAUACAUUUUUCUGACUCCAAAGUCCACUUUCUGCUGUUUCUCUCUCUGGGCCAGAGUGGUCAGGGAUACAGAAAUGAAAGAGCUGCUCCAUGUCUUCCAGAACAGUACCCAGGACCACGUGCGAGGUAUUACAGAGAAGAGCAGCAGGUGGUGAAUUCUUCAUUAGGCAGCCUGUGGGCAGUGCCAUUUGAGAGGCUUGGAGUGUUAUGGGAGAUCAGCAGAGGGAGAGUUAAGUUUUCCGUUCUCUCUUUGCACUUCCAAGAUUGUGUCUCUUUUCUUCCUCCAAUGGUCAGUGACUGAUUCCAAGACUCAACCAUUUCGGGGCCUGUGGCAAAGUUGUACCCUCCACAAUUCCCUCCAAUUAAACAAUGUUUUGAAAAUGCGGAUACUAGCAUAUGACCUUCAGUGCUUAACCUGUCACAUGUCACCGGGCUUGCAGACAGAAAUUUUUUGAGUAUUUUUACCAAAACACUUAUAUUUUGAAGAGGUCAUACCGUUUCCAGCUUAAUCUCUCUGUUUCGUGGCAACCAGAGUCCCUCUGGAGGCUUGGCUCAACUGCUGAAGAGGUUGGAACAAGCCUCUUUUUUUUGCUUACCCUCAUCCAGCUACUCCUUCUAAACAUUUAUAAGCUCUACCAGGGAGGAAAUUGAGCCCCUAGCAAAGUACCUGAUUCCAAUACCAUCUGCUAACAAUUUACCUUCAAACUCUCCUCCUUCUCAUUAACAGUAAAAUGUUACAAAAGUAGAUUUGAAAGUAAAUACAGUGCAGAAUUUCUGCCAGGAUUUAAGAGCCUUUUCCAUUAAGGAGGCCUCUGCACUUGGUGUUAAAUGUUCUGGGCUGGCUUUGUCUCCUUGGGGUUCACCAGUGAUGUGUCAGGGCCAUGUCAGCACAUGUGACCCUUUGGGCAACUAUUGUAAUAUUCAGGCAUAUGCCAGUCCUUAGCCUGCAUGAGCCCAGCAACAGCAGAGCUCAUGCCCUAAGUGGGACUGCACUUCCCUAGUUUACUCAAAAGCCUCUGAGGCUGCCUGAGAGCCACAGUCCAGGGAAUGGAGGACCAAGAAUAGAAGGUGAAGCUGCUCUCCGAGGAGAACCCAGAAUGCAGACCCUGCCAGUGGCCUCUGCCCUCAGCAGUCACCGCACCGGUCCUCCCCCCAUCAGCCCCAGCAAGAGGAAGUUCAGCAUGGAGCCAGGUGACGAGGACCUAGACUGUGACAAUGACCACGUCUCCAAGAUGAGUCGCAUCUUCAGCCCCCAUCUGCACGCCGCCCAUCCAGUUUUGCGCCUGGGACUGCUUGCCAAGUUUGUGAGGCCCAAGGCUUUCUUGUGGGAGGACGCUGGGCUGUCUUCAUGCUCUUUGGCAAUGAUUAAAGUGAGGAACAAGACUGCCAAUGGAGACUGCCGCAAAGACCCACGGGAGCGGAGCCGCAGCCCCAUCGAGCGCGCCGUGGCUCCUACUGUGAGCCUGCACGGCAGCCACCUGUACACGUCCCUCCCCAGCCUUGGCCUGGAGCAGCCCCUCGCACUGACCAAGAACAGCCUGGAUGCUGGCAGGCAGGCCGGCCUCUCACCCACACUGACCCCAGGGGAGCGGCAGCAGAACCGGCCCUCCGUGAUCACCUGCGCCUCAGCCGGCGCCCGCAACUGCAACCUCUCGCACUGCCCCGUUGUGCACAGUGGUUGUGCUGCGCCAGGCCCCACCAGCUACCGGAGGCCACCGAGCGCCACCACCACCUGUGACCCCGUGGUGGAGGAGCAUUUCCGCAGGAGCCUGGGCAAGAACUACAAGGAACCUGAGCCGGCACCCAACUCUGUGUCCAUCACAGGCUCCGUGGAUGACCACUUUGCCAAAGCUCUGGGUGACACGUGGCUCCAGAUCAAAGCGGCCAAGGACGGAGCGUCCAGCAGCCCUGAGUCUGCCUCUCGAAGGGGCCAGCCCGCCAGCCCCUCUGCCCACAUGGUCAGCCACAGUCACUCCCCCUCCGUGGUCUCCUGAAGGGAGCGCCUCCUCCAACACCACGUGGAUGUGCAUGGUUUGCCUGAGCUUUGAACAGUGCUUAAAAAAAAAGGGGGGGAGGGUGGGGGGAAGGGAUGGUUUAUUCGCAAAAACCAUGUUGUUGGGAUUUUUGUUGUUUUGUACUUGCUUGGUAUCCGUAUAGGGGGGCCCUCAAACAUGAUAGCAGGAACUACGUGUGGAACAUCUGUCUAAUGUAGCAUCCUUACUUCCUGCCUCAGUUACCAAAGAAACCUCUGAUGCAGGUCUGCUGCCCCGACGGGGCCAGGACUCCACAGCGCUUUCUUAGUCACAAGCCAUGAUGAAUUGGUGACUCAGACGCUUUGUGCUUUUUCCUUUGCUUCUUGAGACCGGGGUGUGUGCAGCUCAGCUUCCACGGCGUGUUUGGUUCGGUCCGUGUGUGUGCGUGUGUAUACUUGAAGAGAACUGUCGUGUCUGAUUUGCACUAUUGGAGGAGGACUAAAGUUGCCUGCCAACUUUGUGUGUGAUGCCAGAACUCUGAGGGCAAACUGCUGAAAAACAAAGGGUUUAAGGAUGACAUUUCUGACCAUUUGUGUUUGUUUUUUUUUUUUUUUUUUUUUUUUUUUUUAAUCUAGACAAUACAGCUUUGGAAGGGGAAGUCUCAUACAGGUUAUAGGUCUUUCUCUCUCUAGAUUUCAGGUGCUUGCAACUGGACUGCAGACUCUACCAAUCACGGGCAUUUUACUUUCUCUGAACACUGCAGUUUGUUAGACUAGAGCUGAGGUUGGAGGAUUCCAUAGUGCUUUAAACGUGAUGCAUGUUUUAAUGGAGAAAAAAUAGCUGGUUUCUAUUAUAUAGGCAGUAAACAAAAACUUAAUACUAUCUUCUUGUCAGAAUUAGUUUAUUUUUGUCAGUUACAGUCCUAGAUAUACUUACUGCUGGUACAGUUGUACUCUAAGAUUUGUAUUUGAUAUUCACUUUACUCACAAGUAGUGCGGGAGGCCAGCUCCUGGCCGGCCCUCGCGAUGAGCAGUGGUCAGCUGCGGUGUGGGAUGCUGGAGUUGUGCUGCAGACUGACAUCAUUUAUUUUUGCAUCCCUGUCUGCUUUGUUAAAAGCUCCCGGGGAGGUGGGGUUUGUGUCUUCCAAAUUCCCUACAUGCAGAAACUGCUCCCUUUGAACUCUCUUGGCUGAACAGCAGAUUACUGACAAUCUGUGAUAAUAGUGUUUCUUAUGCUUCCUCGUACGCUGGGGCCAAGGUAGUAUACAUUCCUCUGACUUUAUACCGUUAUUACUGCAUUUAUUAUUCGCUAUAUUAAUAGUUACUAACUAGAAAUUAGAUGAAUCAAGCAUGACAGACACAGCUGUGGAGGUCACAGCUGCUGCUCUUUUUGGUCAAUGAGCGUUUCUAUCCCCUCCACCAGGGUGUGCUACGUCCCACCUGGCCCACCAGAAGCUCACGCAGCCGCCACCUGACCAGGUGACACAGGCGUGGUCACCUCCCCUGCAAGGCUUUAUGGCCUCAUGCACACAGCAGGAGCCCUGGUUUUACAGUUCCACUGUUGGAUUUGGGAACCGGGCACUGGGUGAAAAGGUCAGAGGGUGGCUCUUGCUGUAGGCACAGGGUGCUGCCGGCCUUUGGAAAGCGGAGGAAAAGCCCUUCUCCUCGCCCCGCACACAUUUCACUCCCACUCUACUGGGCUUCCAAGCUUGGCUUUGGCAUUCAGGCCCCUAUAUUUUCUGUAGGAAAAAUCGUUGAGAACACUUUUUUUAUAUAGGUAAUUUUAAGACCAUCAUUACGCUGUGCGUAAAGAAUGUACAGAGAAAUUUGUAGGUAUUUUUUGAAGAACAUUAAUUUGUUAAUGAUAUGUAGCUAUUUAAUUUUUCCCUUUCCUAUUGUAAUCAUUCAUAUUUUUUUGUUUGGAAAAAAAAGUUGAUCUUUUUUUUUGUCGUAGAUUCGUCUGUAAAAGUGCAGGAACACAGUUAUUCUAUGAGAACACUGCAUCUGCAUUACUAGCCACUAGUUUGUUAUUGCUACAGGCUACUGAGUGUCGUGACAGGAAAACAUCCCACUGCUGACCGGCUCGGUGGAGGACACUCCUGGGACAGGUCUCUUUGUCAGUGAACAAGGGCGUCACUCUGGGGGGGGGGGUCGGCGGUGCUGGCGGCCGGGUCCCUGGCGCACUGACCUAUCUGGGAUAGGCGGUACCCUGGAGGGGCCUCGGGCAGAGGGGGCAGCAGAAAACCAAACAUUUCACUGAGAAAGAGCCCCUCCCUGCUCUAAGAAGGGGCUCCGUGAAGUUCUUCCAGAGCCACGCCGUCUACCGUGCGCUCUGACCUUCUCUCCAUGUGUGUAAAUCUGUAAUAUACCAUUCUCUGUGGCCUGUUUUUCCUGGAAGAA